GUAAUCUCCAAUUGCGCGUACGGGGCGCCACAUGGCGGGGUCUCCUGUGUAUGUUUCCCAGGUCAUUGGUUGGUGGUUCUAUUUCGCUCGUUAUAGGUGCGCGAGCACGGAUACGCAAGCAAACGUUGUAGUUGUAGGGGGAACAAACAUGCAGGAUUUUGGUUUCCGAGUCCAAUCGUAACCGAACGACCGUUGUAUUAAUUUCUCGACCCUAUUUGGAGGUACUUAGAACUAGAAUCAACGCACUACAGAUUGGUGAUUUUUUGAAACACGAAGUCCACGACGUCCGCUGAAGGACCUGAGUAUACUUCAUCGAAAGUUCUCAAAAAAUGCCGAGCAACCCCGUGCACACGAAGCUAGUGCCGAAUCCGGCAACGCCGGUGGUCGGCUCCAAUCCUCCUGCCACCUACGGGCGCGGCGACGUGCGUGCGCACAGCGAGCCACGGUCCUACUGGGCCAGCGCCUUCGGGACCGGCAAUUACCAUUUCCGGGUGGUGGGUGACGACUGGAUCCAAAAGCGCAAUGGGCAGGUCGUGCGCAUGACGACACAAACGGAAGAGCUCAAAAAGAACGUUGCGCAGUCGGGUGUGCGGUCUUGCUUAACCUGGGACCUCUCCCAGCGCGAUAAGGUCAAAGCAGGCGAUCCGUAUGUGGAGCUAUGCAUUGCAAAUCUCGAUCUGGGUCUGGGAUGAACAUGUUAUGCUGGUGAACUGUGGACGAGAAACUCUGGUCACGUCAGCCAAGCAUGACGGAUUUUCCGAAUGCUUGUUGCCCAUCUAUGAUAUUCGCAGCGCGCAUGAUUACAAAAAUGACAAAGAAUAACAAAGCUAGUACAACACAGCUACUGUGGGUCAUACACUAGAAUCUACUGGAACUGGAAAAUUGAAGAACAGACAACAAUACAAGGUCAACUUUAAUAUUUCCAGACCCAGGCAAAUUUGCAGUGGAUGGGAGCCCACUAAGCACCAGAAGUUGAACAAUUACGACAUUAACGGGUUCAUCUACGCUUCCGCGUCCAAGCCCGUGCCACCCCCCGAGCAGAACCCCAACAGCGGGCACUGGAUCACGGAGGUUAACAGCACCACGGGUGAGUUCAAUGUGGUGAACAACCUGAAGCCCAGCCCUUUCAACCACAGCUACCGUGAGGCCGAAGUGAAGAGAUUUCGCAGCGUGAACUUCGGCAAAAUGCCCGCUGCGGGGCAAGUGCAGCCGGCGCCGAUCGUGACCUGCUACGACAUCCAAUCCUUCGUGCCUGUGCGAAAGGCAGAGCGCAUGCCGAACUACCUGCGCAUCAAACCGAACCUGUAGGAGCAACUUUCAACGUACAACUGACUCCGGAACAAUUUCCAACCUUCUAGUAGUUGAAAGAAUAAAACUUUUAGUAGCGGCCUCGUGCUUGUUUUUCUCGUUUGAUCCUCGUCCUCUACCUAGCUGCACAUGCACGCACGCAAGAUUACCCUGUCGUCUGUACGGAGCUGGCUCUUGCUCUCUUCACAAGUAGAUUAUCUUUUGUUCCAAACGACAACGGUACGUCUCUGCAACAACCAAGAAAUAUCAUGUAGCUGCUGUUGCGCGUUAGAUAGAAUAUGACAUUAUACCGUUUUGAUUGCAUCGAUACAACCUGUACUUUUGUUGAUUUGCCCCCUAUAGAUGAGCUGUGGCACCUCAGCUACCGACAGAAGCAGAAUGCGUGGGAAAUGAAUUUUUGACGCACCACCAUCACAUGCCCGUAGCUCGUUGGAUUCACAUAGGGGUUUCUAUUAGCAAAGCUUCAGCUUUUGCUUUUUUUGGCAGGGAUCGUGUCAUUGCUUUGGUGAAGACUCACUGCCCGCAUAGCUAUGAAAGGCGUGCUGGAUCAUGAUGUUUCACGUAGUCGCAUCCAUGCGAAGGA